UAAUAGUAGGUCUAUCUACAGUGCAUUCGGGAAAGUAGUCAGUCCCCUUGACCUUUUCCACAUUCUAAAAUUGAUUAAAUGGUGGGUUCACCUUCCAACAGGACAACGAACUUAAGCACACAGCCAAGAGAACGCAGGAGAGCUUCAGGACAAGUCUCUGAAUGUCCUUGACCCGGACUUGAACCCGAUCGAACAUCUCUGGAGAGACCUGAAAAUAAUUGUGCAGCAAUGCUCCCCAUCCAACCUGGCAGAGCUUGAGAGGAUUUGCAGAGAAGAAUGGGAGAAACUUCCCAAAUACAGAUGUGCCACGCUUGUAGCGUCAUACUUAAGAAGACGCGAGGCUGUAAUCUCUGCCAAAGUUAAUUCUCCUGUAAGAAUCCCGCAACAAGAUGCCCAAGUUUGAGGAGCUAGAAGCCCAUUCAUCCUUCCGUGUCCACUGCCCCUCCACACCUAUAACUCCUGUCCCCAGCGACCUGAUUGCCAAAAGAUACAGCAUCCUACAGAGAUUGGGCAGAGGGAGUUUCAGCACUGUUUACCUCGUUCAAGACACUAGAGCAAGGGAUGGGGAGAAACUUAAGGUGCUGAAGGAGAUCCCUCUGGGGGACCUGCGUCCUAACGAGACAGUCCAGGCAUCCCAGGAGGCUCAGCUCCUGUCCCAGCUCCACCACCCAGCCAUCAUCACUUUCUACAGCAGCUUUCUGCAUAGAGACUCCUUCUGCAUCAUCACUGAGUACUGUGAGGACAGGGACUUGGACUGUCAUCUGGAGGAAGUGAGAGAAGCAGGGCAGAGCUUGCCUGAGACCCAGGUCACUGAUUGGCUGAUCCAGCUGCUGCUUGGACUCCACUACAUGCAUAACAGGCGCAUCCUCCACAGAGAUCUGAAGGCCAAAAAUAUCUUCCUGAAAAGGAACAUAGUUAAAAUCGGUGAUUUUGGGGUGUCCUGUCUGCUGAUGGGGUCAUGUGACCUGGCCACCACCUUCACGGGCACGCCUUACUACAUGAGCCCUGAAGUCCUGAACCACCACGGUUACGACUCCAAGUCUGAUAUCUGGGCCAUAGGCUGUAUCCUGUAUGAGAUGUGUUGCCUGUCACACGCCUUUGAAGGACACAACUUCUUGUCAGUUGUGAUGAAGAUAGUGGAGGGAGAAACCCCCAGACUGACAGCCAGAUACUCUCUGGAGCUCAACACACUCAUGCAAAGGAUGCUGGAGAAAACCCCAUCAUCUAGGCUCUCUGCUGCAGAAGCUCUGAAGACAAAAUUCAUUGAGGACAGUAUGCAGAUCUUAAAACACAAGUUCUGUAGUCUGACACUGAGAGAUAAGACAUCAGUGGGAGAAAGAGACGCAGCACAGAUACUGAAAGCGGUGCAGAGAAAGGUGCACCUUCAGACACUGAGGGAGAAGUCAGAGCUAGACAGAAUGACCCCCAGGGAGAGAAUGAGGCUGAGGAAACUGCAGGCUGCCGACGACAAGGCCAGGAGGCUUAGGAGACUUGCUGAGGAGAAAUACCAGGAAAACCACUUCCGAAUGCAGGAGCUGAGGAGCCGCCAUUUCGAGAAAGUCAGUUUGGACGUCUUGAAUGAGAGUGCAGGAGAUGCAGUCCACCAGACUGCACCAAUUACAGCUGAGGAUUACCGGUCGCUGGGUUGCUCACAGCCAAUGAGGAGGCAGCAGCAGGACAAGAUGCGAAUGUCUGAGCCAGUAGGGCGUGAGAUCCCCGAGGACCCUCAGACUGCAGAGGUGUAUUAUUACAUGGAUGGAUUUGAGUCCUGCACUGAUGAAGAGGAGGAGGAAAGAGAGGAAGGGGACACCGUGACCUCAGAAACCCUCUGUCAUUCCUAUGGACAGGACAGCGACCUGGAGGCCAUGAUGAGACACAUGGAGCAGGUUCUGGAAGGAGAGCUCAGCGUGGCUGAAGCAGUGCCAGAAGAGGGCCAGUGGGUCCCCAUGGGGCCUCCAGUCAUCAACAGCACCAUGGCUGAGACAAGGAUUCAGCGCAUGACUGAGUCAGUGUCCCGUCGGCUGGGUCUAACCGUCUUCCAGAGGGUGUAUAACUACCUGAAGGGAGCCAGGGAGAGGCAGGAGGAUGAGGGGAGCAUCAGACAGGCCCUCAGCAGCCUGGUGGAGAGGCCCAGUGAUGGCUUUGAAGUGGACCAACUACUGUACUACGAGGAGCAGCUUCAGGGAGCCAGAGAGGGAGCCAGAGAGGGAGACAGAGAGGGAGACAGAGGGAGUCAGAGAGGGAGCCAGAGAGGGAGCCUGGUGAAAAACAUGUCUGACACUGACUAACCUGCGAUCAUGUUGCCUAUCCAAGCAUUUCAGAAAGAGCACAUGUUGUUGCUCUCCAGGACCAGGGUUGGUGACCUAGUAGAUCAACAGAGAUGACAGACAUUUACUUCAUGAUAGACCAGGGUUGGUGACCUAGUAGAUCAACAGAGAUGACGGACAUUUAAUUCAUGAUAGACCAGGGUUGGUGACCUAGUAGAUCAACAGAGAUGACGGACAUUUACUUCAUGAUAGACCAGGGUUGGUGACCUAGUAGAUCAACAGAGAUGACGGACAUUUACUUCAUGAUAGACCAGGGUUGGUGACCUAGUAGAUCAACAGAGAUGACGGACAUUUACUUCAUGAUAGACCAGGGUUAGUGACCUAGUAGAUCAACAGAGAUGACGGACAUUUACUUCAUUAUAGACCAGGGUUGGUGACCUAGUAGAUCAACAGAGAUGACGGACAUUUACUUCAUGAUAGACCAGGGUUGGUGACCUAGUAGAUCAACAGAGAUGACGGACAUUUACUUCAUGAUAGACCAGGGUUGGUGACCUAGUAGAUCAACAGAGAUGACGGACAUUUACUUCAUGAUAGACCAGGGUUGGUGACCUAGUAGAUCAACAGAGAUGACAGACAUUUACUUCAUGAUAGACCAGGGUUGGUGACCUAGUAGAUCAACAGAGAUGACGGACAUUUACUACAUGAUAGACCAGGGUUGGUGACCUAGUAGAUCAACAGAGAUGACAGACAUUUACUUCAUGAUAGACCAGGGUUGGUGACCUAGUAGAUCAACAGAGAUGACAGACAUUUACUUCAUGAUAGACCAGGGUUGGUGACCUAGUAGAUCAACAGAGAUGACGGACAUUUACUUCAUGAUAGACCAGGGUUGGUGACCUAGUAUAUCAACAGAGAUGACGGACAUUUACUUCAUGAUAGACCAGGGUUGGUGACCUAGUAGAUCAACAGAGAUGACAGACAUUUACUUCAUGAUAGACCAGGGUUGGUGACCUAGUAGAUCAACAGAGAUGACGGACAUUUACUUCAUGAUAGACCAGGGUUGGUGACCUAGUAGAUCAACAGAGAUGACAGACAUUUACUUCAUGACAGACCAGGGUUGGUGACCUAGUAGAUCAACAGAGAUGACAGACAUUUACUUCAUGAUAGACCAGGGUUGGUGACCUAGUAGAUCAACAGAGAUGACGGACAUUUACUUCAUGAUAGACCAGGGUUGGUGACCUAGUAGAUCAACAGAGAUGACAGACAUUUACUUCAUGAUAGACCAGGGUUGGUGACCUAGUAGAUCAACAGAGAUGACAGACAUUUACUUCAUGAUAGACCAGGGUUGGUGACCUAGUAGAUCAACAGAGAUGACGGACAUUUACUUCAUGAUAGACCAGGGUUGGUGACCUAGUAUAUCAACAGAGAUGACGGACAUUUACUUCAUGAUAGACCAGGGUUGGUGACCUAGUAGAUCAACAGAGAUGACAGACAUUUACUUCAUGAUAGACCAGGGUUGGUGACCUAGUAGAUCAACAGAGAUGACGGACAUUUACUUCAUGAUAGACCAGGGUUGGUGACCUAGUAGAUCAACAGAGAUGACAGACAUUUACUUCAUGAUAGACCAGGGUUGGUGACCUAGUAGAUCAACAGAGAUGACAGACAUUUACUUCAUGAUAGAACAGGGUUGGUGACC